AUGGUGGACCCUCUAUCUAUUGCGUCCAGCGUCGUAAGCCUGAGCAGUGGAUGUCUCCUCACAGUGAAGAGACUAAUCGAAGUUGCUGGCAAGUUCAAAGAUGCCCCCAAACUUAUCCACAGCCUCUCCUCAGAAGCCAAAGUUAUCGCAAUCUCGCUGUCGCAACUUCACAACAUCUUCGUCAGCGAUGAACAUUCAAUUCUAUCCCAAGCUCUUCUCACGCCAGACAUUCGCACUGCUCUCGACAUCGCACUUACAGGUUGUACGGUGACGCUGUCGUGUAUCGAGGACGAGACCCGCAGCCUCGCGGCGAAACUUGAAUCUGAUCAAAAGAUUAAAUUCGCUGAUCGAGCAAAGGUUGUUUGGAAAGAUGAUAGGUUCAAGGAGUUGCUGCAACAGCUACAUAGACAGCAUAAUGUUAUUGCUAUUUUGCAACAAGGCUUUCAGAUGAAAAUCCUCGCAGACAUCGUUCCUCAUCUUUGGUCCCAUCACCCUGCAUUCACCAGGGUUGCCGCUGACACCGAGUCUCUGCGCGGUCUAUAUCCUCAGAUGAAAGGCGCAAAAUCGUUUCUGGAAUCAACCGAGGAAGGCGGAGGCGAGGAGGCGACAUUCUCGAUCGUCAGCGAACGGCAAUUCGAGUUUGACGAUAUUGUAACAAACUCGCAGGCGUACCGUAGAGUAGUAGUUGCGGCCACGCAGACAUUAAGAGCAACUCAUAGUCGAAUUGUCUCAGCUGAAGGAGUUUCCAAGGACACAUCCGAUGGACAGGCGAAUAAUAGCGACAGCAAGGUACUAGACUCAAACAGCGCUAAUCAAUCUCGCAAACUCGGUGGGUCCAGGUGGACGAAUACUGUUGAAGAGAAUUUGAUACAAAAAGGAUACUUUUUGCCCCCGUCGACAAUUGACACCAGCAAUUUCGUUCAGCAGCUUCGAGGAUAUGUUACUCACGUCGAUGACAUCGAGAAAAAGUUGCGUGAUGCUGGUGAAGAAUCGAGUGCAUUGCGUGAGAUGCUAAAGCAAAAGGGAUCAGCGAUUCAAGAUUUAGAGUGGGAUGUCCAACAACAAUUUGGUGAAAGGAAAAAGAUUUCUGGUACAUUGUGUCAAACUCUUUACGACAUGAAAAAAGUGGAAGCUGAUUGUUGGAAAUGGAAAGAGAAGUACACUCUCGUGCAGCUUGAAGUUCUGGGCUUAAAAGCUAAGGUGGAUGAGAUCAAAGAAAACUUUGUGCAGCAGAGAAAAGAAUGGGGCCAGAAAAGACAAGAGUUGGAAGAGAAAUUACUAAAACUCGGGAGCGAAAGAGAUGAGUUCAAAAGUAAUUGGCUAUUUGAAAGCGAGAAAGUGGAAAAGCUAAGCAAAGAGAUGGAGGAGGAUGCUGACAUGGCCCGCAAGGCACUUGAAAAUAAAAUAUGGGAAGGUAAAACUUUGCAGAUCGGAUCGACGCUACUCAUUCAACUUCAACCACCCAUCAGUCUACAAAAAGCCAGCAAUGGAUCGCGUUUACUGCAGGCUUUCAAGUCACCCGAAGCGCCUGAAGGGCGGGUAACAAGAUGGAAUAACAGUCAAAAGAGAUGGCUCUUUGUGGAAAUAUGUACCGACAAGUCUCAAUUCAAGAAACCUACAGCGUCAGCCGUGAGGCCACCUCGAAGACCGUCAUCUCCAGCACUUGAGCCAGAAUCCGCUGAGGAAACGCUGUCCCCAGUCACCUCUGAUUUCGAUUCCGCAGUCACCUCUGAUUCGAUGGACUGGUAGGAUUCAAGUACGAUGAUGAAGGAUGAUUCAUUGAUUCUACGGAAGGGCCUGGCCUUAAGGGCCAGUCGCUGACUAAUAUGGUGGUGGGCGAGGCAGGCGCGAGCCUAUCUCCUAACAUGGACAAUGAGGUGGAACCUGAGAUUGAAUGGAAAAAGGUUGAGAGGAGGCCGAUGCCUAGGAAGGGAAAGGACAGGCCCAGAAAGUAGGACUGAGGAGUGGGGGACCCAGACUGCACAGUUGUUAC